CUUGUGGCCUCCUAUCGAGCUUCAAAAUGGCACGAGAAGUCACACAUAACGUCGUAUUUUAGGUAUUUACAACAAAGUUACGUUCUGCUUGGGCGUAAGGCCUCCGCCUGCCUCCAAAGCAGACCCCGCAGCAGCAGCACCAGCCCCAAACUCACGGCUUCCUUCUGCUGGCGACGCCACGUACGACGGAGGGGGCUGCUUCUUUCGAAACAAGAUCAAUCCAACGAGAAGGGCCAGCGCUAGCACGCCAACAAUGAUGAAAAUGAUCCAGCCGGUGGCUAGCCCUCCAGACGAGCUGCCAUCGACAGAAGUGCCAUCCGACGAGGUGACACUUGGUUUUCCCGUGGCGAUAUCCGAGGGGUUCAGUGUAGUAAUUUGCGAUUCCGGAGUUCUCGUCGGAGUCUUGGUGGAACUUGGUGACGUCGUGGUCGAGUCAGGAGAAACGGUGGUGCCAUUAGGGGACACAGUGCUGCUGGAUGAAGUGGUCGUAGGCACUGGGGUAGACGACGGCUCCGUCGUAACAGGGACCGUCGUGGGAGCUGACGUAGAAGGUUUCGGCUUUGGAGUCCACGGUCCCGGCUCCGGCCCUUUGCACACAGCGCCGUCGGUCUUGCGGACACAUCCCAACGUGUUUCCACCAAACACGCCGCAGCACGUAUUGUAGUCGAGUUCAAUCGUGUCGUCGAUGUUCGACUGGCCCUUUUGAGGGCAUCCAAACUUGCCAAUCGCGUCGUUGCCGUUGUACCAGCCCGAGCACGGCUCGCUGCUGACGCAGUACACGGUGCCACUGCCUCGCAACGACACUUCCCACUGUCCUUCUGGGCAACUAGCGGCGGUCGCAGUUGACGCUGCGAAGAGAGCGGUGCAUACCAAGGACGCGACCAGCAUGCUGUCUUCCCGGUGAAAUUCUUGAUUGACGGCGGGGCGUGUCACUGGCUCUUGGGCGUCGCAGCCUCCGCCGAGCGGGUGUAACUCGAAGCCGCAACGCAAUUUGACUUGAUUUCAC